GGCUUCUGGACGGUACCUUGAUGUGUUACUCCCUCAAAUCGAACCGCCUCCCACCGUUUGGGAACCACCUGGCCCUGUGCUAAUCCACCACCACCAAGACUGCUCCUCGUUGUUUCUUUUUCUUUUUCUUCCUUCCCUCACCGCGGUACUUCACCACCGCAAUUUGAUCCAUAAUCAUGGCUCCCGCAACCGCCUCGAGCGUCCCAACGGCCAACAAGCCCUUCCUCAGGAGGAAUGUGACCUCGGCCACUCUCGACUCGGACUCAAGUACCGCCGUCUCACCGACUGACUCGCCCCGCCAGUCACCCUCUACCACUUCGCUUUCCUCGCUGGCAUCCGACGAAGUCCCGCCCUCCAAGAAGUACGGCAAGCUCAUCGACACGUACGGGAACGAGUUUGAGGUGCCCGACUUCACCAUCAAGGACAUCAGAGAUGCCAUUCCCAAGCACUGCUACGAGCGGUCGGCCGUCCGCAGUCUUGGCUAUGUUGCCCGCGACAUGUUGUAUCUCGCCACGACCUUCUAUGUCUGGAACAAGUUCGUGACGCCCGAGUACAUCCCGUACCAGCCGCUGCGUUUCGUGCUGUGGGGCGUGUAUACCUUCCUCCAGGGUCUCUUCGGCACCGGUCUCUGGGUCCUUGCCCAUGAGUGUGGCCACGGUGCCUUCUCUCCCUCGCAGAAGCUUAACAACUUUGUCGGCUGGAUCCUGCACUCUGCUCUGCUUGUGCCCUAUUUCAGCUGGCAAAUUAGCCACAGCAAGCAUCACAAAGCCACUGGAAACAUGGAGCGCGACAUGGUGUUCGUCCCCCGGACCCGGGAGCAGCACGCCACUCGUAUCGGCCGCCUGGCCCAUGAGCUAUCAGAGUUGACAGAGGAGACGCCGAUCCACACCUUCCUGCAUCUGCUUGGCCAGCAGCUUGUCGGUUGGUGGAACUACCUCCUGACCAAUGUCACGGGCCACGACAACCACGAGAGGCAGAGGGAGGGUCGCGGCAAGGGAAAGAGGAACGGCUGGGGUGGCGGUGUCAACCACUUCGAUCCCCGCAGUCCGUUGUAUGAGAACAAGGACAUCCCUUACAUCCUUCUGAGCGACCUCGGCCUGAUCAUCACCAUCUCGGUCCUCGUCUAUCUUGGCAAGACAUUUGGCUGGUUUAACAUGUUUGUGUGGUACUUCCUACCCUAUCUCUGGGUUAACCACUGGCUCGUCGCCAUCACCUACCUUCAGCACACCGACCCCUCGCUUCCCCACUACACUGAGAGCGAAUGGAACUUUGUCCGCGGCGCCGCUGCCACUAUCGACCGCGAAUUUGGCUUUAUCGGCCGCCACCUUCUGCACGGCAUCAUUGAGACGCACGUCCUGCACCAUUAUGUUAGCACAAUUCCUUUUUACAACGCCGACGAAGCCACCGAGGCUAUCAAGCCCGUCAUGGGCCGGCACUACCGUGCCGACACUCGCGAUGGCCCUGUGGGCUUCCUUAAGGCCAUGUGGAAGAGCGCUCGUAUGUGCCAGUGGGUUGAGCCAACUGAGGGCGCCGAGGGUCCCGCCAAGGGCAUUCUGUUCUUCCGCAACCACAAUGGGCUGGGCACCGCGCCUGCUAAGAUGAAGCCCGUUUCACAGUAGGCGUCGACAGGUGAUAAGCGAUGGUGGUCCUUGUGAAGGCGGGAACAGUGAGCAGAUCUUGUCUCUACCCUAGCAAGUGCUUCCACUGGCCGGCUGUCUCGCUUCGGGGGCUUGAGCUCUGGAGCUAGCCCCACUACAAUGUUGAUAGCUCACUGUUUCACGGAGUUUUGAUAUGACUUAAAAGGAAGUUGUUCUGUUCCCGCUUUGUUCAUUAUCGGAUUGCUCUGGGACGGCCCGGAAUCGAAAGCAUUAUUGGUUACCAUGUCAAGACCACGGAGAGGCCAGGCGUCGCAUGGAGAGAUAAAUCAUAGAAUUGCAUUUAAUGGAAAAAUGCUUUCCGAGCACAACAGGUUUCACUCUUUGUAAGGUUGUAUCGUAUAGCGCGGAAGGGUAGUUCAAGAGAUAAAUGCCAAGCAAGAAGGGGGUCAGACGAAGCAUGACAACGGUCUAGCCUUUACCGCCUAAUUAUAUCAUUUUAAGC